GCAUUGAUUGUUGUGUGAAUAUAUGAAAGCUGUGGUAUUUGACAAACUGCCAGAAACUUUCUCUGAUUCUGGUUUUGGACUCAAUAACUGUGCUGGAACACCUUAGAAAUUCACCCAUUUUUCUAUGGAUGUUUCAACUACCUCUCAGUUAGUUUAUCUGAAGUACUUCUGAAGAUUCCUGUGGACACUGAAACAAGAGGAACUGAUUCUUGACAGUGUAACUCAGAGUUGAUAAGCAAUAGAUGUGCAUGCAUUGCUUUCUGUAAACAACUGUACCGCUACAGAUUGACCCAGCUUGUGUGACUGCAUGAUGAGCCAGGAGCUUUCAACAAUUGGAGUGUGGAUAAGCUCCCAUUUUGACUCGGAGGGUUCUGCUUUUAUCGCAUUAUCCAUCAGCUACUUUCCUCCUGGACUGGGGAACCAGCACAAUUGAGGAAUAGUUUUCUUUUUAAUCCGUGGAUAUUUCGCAGAGGUGAUGGUUUUGCCCUACUUCCAGCAUGUCUAGCAAGAUGCUGAAAAGUUUUUCUAAGAGCCUUCAUGGCAUCUUGUCACCCCGUGAAAACAAGAAGUCAGCCAGUGAGGGGAGCCCAAAGCCUAAUGGGAUGUCAUCACUAGAACGCCACGCCUCUAACUCCGAUGGCAGCAGCGGUGAGCAGCCCAGAGCUCGCUAUCAAUACCAGUAUGAGCAGCGCCCUCUCUACCAUGAUGAUCAAAUGACAUAUCGCAGCCGCUCUGCUGGUUACUCUGAGCAAUCCGAGUAUCACAGAGAAGACUACUAUGGUAGGGAUGACCGCAUGCAGGUGGCCAAGCCUACAUCCGCCCAGGGGAACCAAUACGAGUCUCACUCUAGAAGGGAAUUCAGGGGGGUGGAACAAGAGUGGAGUGGAAAACCACACCAGGGUGUCAGGUCAGCAGAGUUUGACCAAUCUUAUCAGAGGGAUGCUCGGAUCAUGGCUCCCCAGAAUGGCCAGCAGUAUCGUAGCCCCACCCUAGAGAGGUCCACCUCAACAACAUCCAGCAACGGUCACUAUCUACCUGGACCGCCCAAACCACCCCGCCGCCAACAGUCUCUGAACCGCAUCCAUAUCCCAUCAGGCCCUGAUUAUGAUGAGGAUCCCAGGUCACGAAGUGACAGUGAGUUUUUCUCUACUUCUCCUGAAUCGGGGAGCCCGAAGCAGUGGCAAACCAGCCCAUUGAUUGAGCCUCAGCGGGGGUUUGCCAUUGUGGGGUCCCCUCAAUCAGUACAAAACCAGAGUGUACCCCGUCAGCAAAUACCACAGACAGUGGCCAGAAAUCAAAACCAUAAGGAGUAUAACAGAGCAAAUGCAUAUGCCAGGUCUCCAGAAAUAAUACCCACUAAUCAGUAUCCCCAGCAGAAUCAAUUCCCGAGAAAAGAAAGAGUCAGGUCACCAGCUUCACCCAAUUUAGCCCCAUCCCUCCCUCCAAGGCAGCCAAACAUAGUAAGGCAGAGCUCUAUGCCAGUGUCACAUUCCCCACCACAGAAUCUGCCAAGAAAACAAAAUGUCCAACGAGCAGCAUCUAUUGGGAGGAGACCUGAUGAUUACAAGUUGCAGGACAUGUCAAAAAAUCCCAGGACUGAGCCCUACAAUUCUUACAGACGCCCUGCUAAUGCUGUACAGGAUUCCCAUUCACAGAUGAAGGGCAGUGACCCCAAAACCAGGCCCGUCGGUGAACAUAAAGGCCAUUCCCAAAGGAGGCCUGAGCAGAUGGGCAGGAGCCAACCAACACACAUCCCUGAGAAAAUCAGACAACGGAAGAUCAGCUCCCCAGAGCAGAGCUCAAAUGUGGAUUCCAGAGAUACAGAACGUCGCAGUUCAGUCCCACUUGUCACUACAGAAAAGUUCGUUGUCCAGGACAAACAGACAGCUACCUAUGCGUCACCCCAUCAGACCCAUCCAACUAGUGCACAAAAGAAAGGUGGACUGGGAGCUCUUCUGAUUUCUGACAAGGACCAUGACAAAGUGACUGUGGAAGCUGUUGAAUGGAUGUCACAAGGCACUGAAUACUUCUCCAAGCCAGAGUACGUCAGCGACAGUGGGAUCAGCUCCCUCCGUGAAGUGCCUUCUGGGCCCAAGGUGAAGUCUUCUGGGCCUUCAAGACAAGGUGUCCCAACUUCUACUCGGGAUCGUGAAUAUUCAAUAAAACCCCAGUUGGCGUUUAAUGAGGACACUGCACAGUAUAAACUGUAUGGGGAUGGUCCCCUAGAAUAUUCCUCCUAUGGAAACACCAGGGACAAGAAAUUCCAGCUCCCGAAACCAUCAUCAUAUGAGCGACAGUUGUCAGAAGAACAUCCUGGCUGGCAACGUCCUGUGUCACCUUAUCACUCUUCGUAUUCUUUGGAGAGAGAAUUUGUGGAGCAGCCAAAAAGACGUUCCCCUCGUAAGGAAUUGCUUCGUUCAUCAUCUCCAGAAAGCCCUGAUCCUAAUUGGGGGAGUAAUGUUAGUCAUGGCAUGAGAUCACGAUCUGCUCAGCAAUCCAACAGAUAUGAUGCAUGGCAGCAAUAUUCCAAAUCAGACGGAUCACCUUUGGCACAGUACAGAGAAGAUGAAAUAAAUUCUCCAGUGGAGUAUGCUGCCAAGAUAAGCCAUUAUGACUUCCCGACAAAGCACUACUCAGCAGAUCUAGAAUCUACUAAACCUGCCUCAUCUUCGUCCAGAAAUGGCAGGGCACCAGUUGAUGUUCAGCGCAUCAAAGCCUCUCCAAACAGAUACACAUCUGAGACAGAUGUCAUUGGCACUGAACCAGCUAUUGAUGGUGGGGAAGCCUACUGGGGAAUGGAAUUCCAGAGGCCAGCAGAAAGGUUUUCACAUCGACAGAGUCCUCCAGAGAAGGCAUCAAGCUAUCACAGCUCACAGAAUUCGCAACAGUCAUCUGUGGGGCCCAGGAGUAAGAGUCCAGUGUAUUCUGGAAGAGGUUAUGAUGAGAGGGUUUCCUCCAAUCGACCAGGUGCAGACAUUCGUGAAAACCGUAUCCAGAUGACAGAUGCAAGCGUCGUUCAAAGUGCCCAACCUGUAGAGAGGCAAUCGCGUUAUGAUCGAUUGAAGCAACAUGCUGGAACCCAGAGGCGUGCUCAGAGUUUAGGCGGGGGCAGUGACACUCAACGUAGGAGCAAAAGCCUGACAAGGCUUGGCAGCCCCGACAAGAUUCCUAGUAGCACUGAAUUGCCCCAAAAGUCCUUGCAGAGUAAGUCAACAGAUGAUCUGGAAGAGCUGAAAAAGAAAGGUGUGUCUCGUGGAGCUGCUCUGUUCAUCAGAAUGAUGGAGCAAGCCAGCAUGGAGGAAGAUGACUAUGAUCUAUCUACCGUUGAGCCAGUGGCUAUCGACAACUAUGUUGGAACCCCUAAGUUAUUCCAACCCCAAAUCACCAAGACAGGGGAACCAAUAUUGGAGCUUAACAGGCCUGUGAUGUCACCGGAUUCUGAUUCUAAAGUAUCUGCUGUCAGCAGUUUUAGACUUGAAUUUCCUAAAUCAAACCACGAACCACUUCACUCAACAAAAAUCAAAAGUUCUGUGGCCUAUGCCUCCCCACCACCCAAGACUGAAUUUUCAGACAAUUCCCCACUUGUUAUCACUCGUCGUGGUAAACAGGAAGUACCUGCUGAAUGGUUGGAAAAACAGGACAGACUUAAACGCACCCCUGCUGUUGAUAAACCUUCAAGCUCACUUACGAAGCCCAAAUCUGAUUCAGAGCAGUUUACAACAGUCCGUCAUGGGAAACAGGAAGUACCCGUUGAAUGGUUGGUAAAACAACAAAGCCUCAAACGUACCCUUGGUGGUGAAAAUCGUCGAGCCCCUCUAACCAAAUCAAUGUCGCUAGAUUCUGAGCCAAUUAUAGCAACAGAUCAAAAUAGUAAUCAGAAAAAGCAUGUCCGGUCUGUGACAAAAGGGGAUCAACAGAAACGCUCCCCUUACGUUGAAAGUCCUAAAAUCUCUGCAAGUAAAGCCCAGGCCACCAAUUCUGAGCCAACAGUAUAUCAUCACAGCAGGCAGCAAGUACCCACUCACUCACCGAAGAAAAUAGAUGUACCAAAAGGUACGCCUAUUGUAGAGAAAUCUCCCAGCUCACCAAGUAAACUCAACUCUCUUGAUUCUGAGGCAAUGCCCACUAUUCGUCGUGGAAAACAAGUGGUACCUGUAGAAUGGGUGGAAGUUCUGGAGCGUCUACGUGGCAAACCCAAAAGUCAAAGCAGUGACAGCCUUUCUCCUGUAGGCAGGCGGGAUAAGGAUCAGAGAGUCAGUGCUGACUUUGAAGAUGCCCUCUCAGAGCUAGAACAUAUGUACUCUAUUUUAGAUCAAGAGGCAGAUGAUCUAAUCUUCCGUAAGAGUAAUAAAUCCUUUGAUCAGAGGAUCGCAGAGCUUCCUCCUGCAUUGCAGAAGCGCCUCAAUGACCUUAAAGAGUAUGCAACUUCCCAGCGUAACAAAAGGCGUGCUCGUCGAGAGAGGUCUAAAUCUGACUUGGCAUUGAAAACUAAAGCUCCUAGCAAAACACCAGCUUCUGAUGGACAAAAGAAGCAUGAGUUUCCUCCUUACAGGACAUCAGGCAGUGCAGUAAAACCCACAAAAUCUGCUUUUUUGGACAUGCCUGUUAAAACCAGUGAUCGUCGUCAACGAGCUCAUCACCACUCUCCUCGAAAUGAGCAGAGCAGCUCUGAUGAAGAAACACCAUCUCUGCCACGCAGCACUUAUCAACUGUACAGGAAACCACGAUCAGACAACAACCUAGGUCGUAGUUCUGACAGCAGUCCUGAAUUGUCACACCGACACAAUCAUGCUUCUCAGUCCAUUUUAGAGAGGCCAGGUAAAAAGUCUGACCCGCCAACCAGAAAGCCUGGCAGUUACUUUGAAGCAAUCACAGGGUUGGAUCUUCCCAAAUACAAACCGAGUGCCAAGAACAGCGAGAGCAGAAGCCAUAAACCAGUUGAGGAUUCCCCAAAUCACAACAAAGUGCAGGAAGUUGUGACCAAGUCCAGUGCUGCUGAUGUUAACACAAGUCAAUUUGCAUUUGAGAAGUUGAAUGCUGGUAGUCGACUGAGCAUCGACUCGGUUUCCACAGUUGACAGCUUUCAGUUGUCCCAGCCGUUUGAUGAAAUGUCUUCAGAGUAUCACAAGUUGUCUACUGACCACAGAAUGGACAUGGCUUCAGAUGGGGACAUCAGUCCAAGUCAGCAAAGCUCGUCCAUGGAGUCACUUGUCCUGAGUGUUGCAAGCCCCGGCGGUGGCCCACUGCAGAGACAACCACCAAAGAGCAGGAGAAAGCAAGGAAAAGAGAUCUCUACUGCAGACAGACAGAAGGCGGACGGUGAGAAGACAGCCAGCCGUGGUCCAGUUCCCUUGGCGACCUUUGAUGAAGAGCUAGCUUCAAGCCCGCCUAAACUCAGCCCGAACAAGAACAUUUUGAAUGAUAAAACAGACCCAGCGCCUUCGCGGGUAUCCUUCACCUCCUAUCUUGGAUCGAUUCGACUGAUGUCUAAAGUUCCAUCGUCCACCCCUGUCAACGUCUAACACUCGACCCAUUCCGAGUUGGCUUGCCUUUGUUUGUUAAUACAGCCAUGGGCUGUAGGACUAUGCCCCAAGUUAUGAUUUAGGAUUUGUAGCUUUAUGGAUUUUAAGGAUUUAGCUUUAAAGCUACAUUUUACCGCUAUGGCCUCAAACAAACUUGUGUUCAUACUUACAGGCAAGUGUAAUAUAAAGAAUGCCUCAUUCCACAAAUAUAUAGGACCAGUGUACUGUAAAUUUACGUAAGCUACAAGAAUUUUCUCUCAUGUUCAAUCGGAAUAACUUACACAGAUUGUAUUUGAGACCCUUUCUUUCUUAAAUAUUGAGCUGUUAAUGAAUUUAACACCAAAACAGUUAGGGUAAAAACCAUGCCUUAUAUAAAGCUGUGAAAAAAACAAACCGGGGCUUGGCCUGUUGAAGAAAAGUUGUUUCUGAAUUGUAUGUUUUCAACUAUGCUUUCAAUUCUCUUGAAAAAAAGUGUAGAUAUUAAAGUGUUGUUUACAUAACUUUUGUGUAACUUUACUAAAGUAAAAGUCAGUUGCACUUAUACCGUCACCAUUUUACAGCGUGUUUUGCUGCUGUUUGUGUAUGCAAAGGGGACCAUUUGUUGUAUUCUUAAUCUUAACUAAAGUUGCAUGUAAUUGCUCUAUUGUUGUACUCACCUGAACAUGUAUUUUGUUGUUAACAUUACACAUUAAUAUUUCGGAUUUGUGUGAGUUUGUGUACUUUCCCUGUAAUAUGUGUGAAUGUUUUUUUUUUUAGGAUAGUAGAACGGUUUCCUUGAUAUACAUGUAUAAUGUUCACCAUACAAUUCCUAAAUUGACUAAUCAGAAACCGGCUUAAAGAUUUCAGGUUUUGUGGAAUUUUGCCAGUACUACAUUUGAUGUUUACAGUCUAAAAUCUUUUUACUAACUCCAGUUGAUCGCCAUCUUUAAUUAGUGCCUUCUUCCAAAGUUCAGAAGUCUGGAAAAAAUAUUCAUUUCUCAUAGCAACCAUGUCGUACGGUUCAAGUGAUUUCAUUGGCUGAAAGUUCAGUAAAUUUUGGACACAAGAGGGCAGUAGUCAUGUCUGACUGGUAAAUUGAAAAACAGUACAUGUAAAGGUGAUGUGAAUAACACUGUAAUGGUAGUCCCAGUUUCCUGAAAUUUUCACUCCGAUACAAAGACAUUUUCAUAUGCAGUCAAUUAAGGUGCUUGGUACUAAGGUGCUAUAACUCAAACUAUUAGCAGGGGCAUUGGUUUUUAUAUCGUUUUUGUUGAGCCUGAAAUAUAUUUACAGCAUGUUUUUAACCAUAUACUUAUUAAUAUGAUUUUGAUAUAUAUCCUUUUUAUAUAAUCCGUAUAUUCCUUUUGAUAUUAUAUUCUUUAUAUUAUCAAUGAAUAUGUAUUCAACUUAUAUAUUAUAUGAACAAGAAAGUAAGUUUGCCUUAGGAUAUUGAUGGUAUUGGAAUUUUAGCGUUUUAUAGUGUUUGUCAUUAGAUGGUUCACGAUGUAUGUAUAUCAUGCCCAACUUUCUCUAUGAAAAUGCAUUGAAAUUUCAAGGCGAUUGAGCACAGAAAACAGAGUUUUUUUGUUGGCAGUGCUAACAUUUCAUGUGACGAAACUUGUUCUGAGCUAAUUUUUGCCAGACUCAUGACUUUCACAAUUGAUUCGUAUAUAUACACCAAUAUUUUUACAGCAGUAUUAUGAUGAUAAGACAUCCAUUGCCAACAACUUUAAAUGAUUUAGAUGACACAGAUAACAGCAUUCAGACUGUGAGACAUUUAGCCAAGGUUUAGGGUAGUACUCUGUGUAUUAAUGAAACUGUAAAUACAUGUAUUAAAAAAAAAAAAAAAAAUUGAAAGCUAAUGAUCAAAUGUGGAGUAGGCCUACAGCUUGCCUUACCUUCACUUUCUAUCGGGAUUUCAAUUCCAGCUGUUAAUUUGUUUGUGAACAAAUGUUGACAUAGUCUCAACACUUGGUUAGUAGAUGAUUAAGAAAAUCAUCAAAUCUUCAAUUUGUAUUUAAGACCUUUAAGAUGACAGUUUAUCUGUGACAAAGCUGGAAGUACAAGUCAUCACAUGUAAAGUUUUGUAAUUGAGGUCGGUGAUCUGAAAUGAGGCUUGGAUAUGGCCGUGCAAGAUUUUCUUCCUUUAGGCCUACAACCUAAAUAAGCAGAGUGAUCUAACCAAGCUUUAGAAUUUGAAUUCAUAUUCCAACAGAAAUGAAGUAAUCAGACAUUAUAAUGACUAAAUUAACUCACUUUUGCUAGUGAUUUAAAUUAUAUCGUUAUUGUCAAGUCCAUAAUUUUUAAUUGCUUAUAAGCAUUGCUUUAAAAGGGUGUGACCAAUUAUUUGUAGGAUAAUUUGUGUUAAGUCUAGCUAUAGUAGAUUAAACUUUUUUCAGAAAACUACACAAAUUUAGGAUCUUUAAACAUAUAGCUCAGAUUUUUUAAUGUAAAAUAUAGCCCUUUCAAGAACCAUUUUAUUUUUUUUUCAGUUAUGAAGUGCAUUUAGCAUUAAAAAGGAAUUACUAAUAAUCUUCAUGCGUUUAGUGCAAACUUUUAUGUUAAUAGAUUUUUUUUAUUUCAAUUAUAAAUACAACCUAUAAUCUAGAAACUUAUUACCUUGGGUUGAGGGUUGAAACAUUUGUAUUUGGAAGAUUGAUUUUUGUCUCACAUUGUUAGAUUUGGAAAACAAUUAAUGCUGCUAUAGAAAUAGUAAACUUAGGACAUAUCGUGAUUAGCUCAUAGAUUAGUAAUGUAUUAAAAGUGUCAUAUGCAGAUAAGGGGCAAAUGUAGAUAAAGUUGGCAUUCCUAUGGCAUUGUUGGUUGGGUAAAAUGGGAAACUCCCACUUUAGUAUGAAUUUAUAUUUAUAUGCACAAUGCCAAUUCCGAGAUGGGCAUGUUUGUUUAAGGGAUAAGGCUUACACUGUUGUGCAUAAUGGCAAAGAGCCUCAAUAACCAAACAAAUGCCUUAGCAGACAAGGUCUAACAUGAGCAUUUUUUUUGUUCACAUUUCCACUAACUGCCAUGCAACAUUGUUUUCGGAAACUUCCAAGCUGCCUAGAUUCCAACAUUGCUUGGGACAAUGGUGCUACUAUCCGAUUUUGAAAUUCUUCUGAUCAAGGCCAUUCAUGUUUGAUUGGAUUAUAAUUUAAUUGAAUAAAUAUUUAAUUUUGUACACCUACCGGUAUAGGCCUACACAAAUUGAAGGCGUUAGUGUUGUUAAAUAGAGUAUGCUAUCGAUUUUCACUGCCAUUUUGCAGGAUUUAUGCCAACUUGUUAAUUAAUUUGUACACCUUGUAAAAUAUUUGACAGUAAUUUAGCUAGCAUUUAGAAAUAUGCUUUAUCAUGACUGAGCAUUGAUGGGAAGUGACGAAAGUCCAUUUCAAGUUUCGUUGAUAAAUGAUUAUAUUGAUGUCAUCCCCUUCAAACAUAAGAAUGGUGACCGCUGAUGAAAACUUUUCAUUUAUGUUAGAUACAUGAAAGCUAAUGUUUUAACCGAUAGAAUGCACAACUCAGUAAACUUCAUCUGUGUUGUAAGGUUCAUUUCAUACAAAAACUUUGUGGUCAUAGUGUCUCAAUUGAUUUGCAAAAAGAACUCAAAAUAGUGGGGGAGAAAAGGGUUAUUAAUACAGACCAAAAAGGGCUCUAUCCUUUUCAGAGAGAACCUGGCCUUUCUAGUAUUGUGAAGGAUUUGAUUUUUGUAUUUACAUCCUCUAGACACCAUUAGAUUUUAGGCGUUAUUUUAAAUAUUGAAUGAAUAGAUUUCCAUAUACCGUAUUAAGAACUUUGGUAUUAACUUUUUUGUUUAUUAAAUAGUUGCCUUAGGCCUAUACCUAUAACAUCAUUCAAUAGUCUUGCACAGUUUGUUGCAUUAUUGCCCAUAAUUAUUCAGUACUAAUGUUUAACAUGUAAGCAUCCAUUACCGAAUCAGCAUUCUUUGGGAAUUAGCUAGUUCGACACUAUAUUAAUCAGUGCGCUGCUUUAAUGUUGUAUUCAUUUUUUUAUAUUUACUCAUUAAUAUUUGUACUUAAAAUGUUGCAUGGAAAUUAAAAAUAUGCUUGUGGUGCAUGAACUAUGUCUUUU